UCUCACACUCACCCACCAGAGACAGGCUACAGAGGACUCAAACUGAGAAAAUCUCUUAAUCUUCCAAGUUCUUUUUCCUGGUUUGUUGAGUAGCCAAGAGUUGGGUGGGGCUUUUGUGAAUAAAACUGCUCUCCCUCAUGUUCUUUACACAGAGGAACAUGGCCAAGAGAGUUGCAGUCGUGGGAGCUGGGGUCAGUGGACUGGCCUCCAUCAAGUGCUGCCUAGAGGAAGGACUCGAGCCCACCUGCUUUGAGAGGAGCGAUGACCUGGGAGGAUUGUGGAGAUUCACUGAACACGUGGAAGAAGGUAGAGCCAGUCUCUACAAGUCUGUGGUUUCUAACAGCAGCAAGGAGAUGUCUUGUUACUCAGAUUUUCCAUUCCCAGAAGACUAUCCAAACUUUGUACCAAAUUCUCUAUUCCUGGAAUAUCUCAAACUGUAUGCAAAGCGGUUCGACCUUCUGAAGUGCAUUCAAUUCAAGACCAAAGUCUGCAGUGUAACAAAACGCCCAGAUUUUGCCAGCUCUGGCCAAUGGGAAGUGGUCACUCUGCAUGAAGGGAAACAAAACUCAGCCAUCUUUGAUGCCGUCAUGGUCUGCACUGGUUUUCUGACCAACCCUCACUUGCCCCUGGAUUCCUUUCCAGGUAUAAAUAAAUUUAAAGGCCAGUACUUUCAUAGCCGACAGUACAAACACCCAGACAUAUUUAAAGACAAGCAAGUCCUUGUGGUUGGCAUGGGAAAUUCUGGCACAGACAUAGCAGUGGAGGCCAGCCACUUGGCAAAGAAGGUAUUCCUCAGCACCACUGGAGGGGCAUGGGUGAUCAGCCGAGUCUUUGAUUCAGGAUACCCGUGGGACAUGGUAUUCAUGACACGAUUUCAGAACAUGUUCCGAAAUUUUCUCCCAACUCCAAUUGUGUCUUGGUUGAUAGCAAAAAAGAUGAACAGCUGGUUCAAUCAUGAGAAUUAUGGGGUCAUUCCAGAAGACAGGACUCAGCUGAGAGAGCCUGUGCUAAAUGAUGAGCUCCCGGGCCGUAUCAUCACAGGGAAAGUGCUAAUCAAGCCAAGCAUAAAGGAGGUGAAGGAAAACUCUGUCGUCUUUAACAACACCCCAAAGGAAGAGCCUAUUGAUAUCAUUGUCUUCGCCACUGGAUACACCUUUGCUUUCCCCUUCCUGGACGACUCUGUAGUGAAAGUUGAAGAUGGUCAGGCAUCACUGUAUAAGUACAUCUUCCCUGCACACCUGCCAAAACCAACUCUGGCUGUGAUUGGCCUCAUCAAACCCCUGGGCUCCAUGAUACCCACAGGAGAGACACAAGCUCGGUGGGUUGUUCAAGUCCUAAAAGGAGCAACUCCAUUACCAUCAUCAAGUGUCAUGAUGGCAGAAGUUAAUGAACGGAGGAAAAACAAACAUAGUGGGUUUGGCUUAUGCUACUGCAAAGCUUUGCAAUCAGAUUAUGUAACAUACAUAGAUGACCUCCUGACCUCUAUCAAUGCAAAACCCGACUUGUGGUCCAUGCUCCUGACAGACCCACGCCUGGCUCUCAGCAUCUUCUUUGGCCCAUGCUCACCAUACCAGUUCCGACUGACUGGCCCAGGAAAAUGGGAAGGUGCCAGGAAGGCCAUCUUGGCACAGUGGGACCGAACACUGAAGGUCACAAAAACUCGAGUUAUACAAGAAUCCCCAUCUCUCGUUGAAAGUCUACUUAAACUCUUUAGUUUUCUGGCUUUGCUUGUGGCUGUUUUCUUGAUUUUUCUGUAAGUAAAAAGUCUUCUAACUGGCUUUUCAGAUGUAUGGGGAACAAUGUUCUGACUCUUCUAUUAUAGCAACAUUGCCUUCACAGUCAUAACUCAUAUUAAGAGAGUGAAGACUAACCCUUCUCCUCCCCGGCUCACCUCACAGGCAGCCCUGGUAUACAACUGAGUCUCUCCCAGCUCCAUAGUGCUAGAAAAUAACAACUAUGGUAUUUGUUCACUUAAAGUGCUGGGAAGUUCCAGGUUUAUUUUAGGGAGGAAGACAAACCAGCAAGCACUGAGCAAUCAUACCUCUUUCUCCUAAAAGCUAUUUUCAUAGAUCUCAACUAAAACCCCUACCUCAGAGAGAUUAGUUUGCACUAAAAUGGUUCUCUAUGAUAUUAGUUAAUGACAAAUAAAAAGAAAGAAACCUAGAAAACUGUUUCAAGUGG